AUGCGAUGUUAUCCUCAGGGCUUGAUGGACAUCAAGUUCCUCCAGACUCGAUAUGACAAGGGGAAGGCUGCAGUUGAGAAACUGAUGACGGCUAAGCAUCGCUUUGUAUCUUUGAAUUGUCUGGCUGAUCUCCAAGCAGACUUGCUAACUUUCCAGUCUGAGAGCAACUCAAGUGGAGCUUUGCCAACACUUCUGGUCUUGGACCUGUCAUUGUGGCCCUCAAGCCGCCCGAUCGCUGUGGAUGAGUGCUUGGACGCAGCAAAAGCGCUGUGCCACGCGAACAGCUCCUGUGCCUUGUUGGUGCUACUCCCCAAUGUGCACGCGUCCGCCGACAAGCUGCAGGUCCUCAAGCACAAACGGACCGUUGAAGACGAGCUUUUUGGGGGGCUUGAUGUGACAGAUGUCAGCCUCAGCUUUUGCGAUUCAGCGCAUAGCGGAGACAAACGCAAGCUAGUUCAACCUUGUAUUCUUGCAGUUUCUUCGAUUCACAGGAACCAUGGUUGGGCCAAGUGCAAAUCAUUGCUUGGGUUGUUGGGGCCAGUGACCCGAGCUCGGGUGAGUGAAUUGAUUUCAGACGAUCACGAAAAGCCAGCCAACCCGCCGCAACGUGCAGCCCAGCGCGGAGUGCAAGCAACCAAACAAAUCAUUGAGAUGCUGGUGGAUGGAGUGGGGUUUGCAGAGGGUGUGCCAAUGUUUGUUGUGGAGAUGCUACACUCCAAGUACAUGGAAUGGCCGAAGGCAGCGUGGGAGCUGCAGAACAAGCAGCUGAGUUCUGCAGCAACCACCAGCUGGCAUUUUGUGUCUUACAUGACAGAUGACGAUGCAGAUUCCAGUGUUGGUCACAAGUUCAUGGCCAGUAAGAUAAACUCAGAAUGGUGGGACAAAUGCUCAGAAGCUGGCCCGGCCACACGGCCUCAGUCUGGAUCGCCGGAAAAAGUGCCGGAUCUCACACUUGCUGUGAUUGCCAAUGGCAAAGUAAAGUUACCUGACGCGGUCAUUGAAUCCAUUGGUAGCAACGGUGCAGAUUUGCAGAAGACCAUCCAAGAGUUCAAUGAGUCUGCACUGAUCAGUUUUCUGGCUCCGGAAUGA